UUUAACACACAUAUUUUCCUCCAGCUGCAGAUCUGGGACACAGCAGGCCAGGAGCGCUUCCGCUCCAUCACCCAGAGUUACUACCGGAGUGCCAACGCCCUCAUCCUCACCUAUGACAUCACGUGCGAGGACUCCUUCCGGUGCCUUCCAGAAUGGCUGAGGGAGAUUGAGCAGUAUGCCAACACCACCGUGGUCACUAUUUUAGUCGGCAAUAAGAUCGACCUAGCGGAGAAGAGGGAAGUCCUGAGGCAGAGAGCUGAAGAGUUUGCAAACUCCCAGAGCAUGCUUUAUCUGGAGACAUCAGCUAAGGAGUCUGAUAAUGUGGAGAAGCUCUUUCUGGAUCUGGCCUGCGAGCUGAUCCGCGACGCCAAACAGAACACGCUGGACAACAAUGACACGGCUAACGCUAUGCCAGGAGAGGGGAAAGCCAUCAGCUACCUAGGCUGCUGCAGCACUAACUAGUUCCGUUUCUAGAGCGCUGGGUCGUGUUCAUUCCUGUUCAUAAGGGCGCAACACCAACGGGGGAGGGGGUUCUUAUUGGACAGA